GCUUUAGUCAGACUCCAUCUUUGACACCUUGUAUCUGAGACUCUUUGUGCUCGCCUCUUCUUCGAACUGCACACAUACUCGCUACUGCCACGAUGAUUUCUGCGGGCGAAUUUACGACCUUUUCCUCUACCCUCCCGGAGUGGGUCCCCGAGUGGUUCGCGCGCAAGAUGUGUGCGCGCGAUGGGUUUGAGACGUUGGAGCUGCUCGCAGACGCGGCACUGCUCGACCUGAGCGUGUCGUACGUUCCGCGUUUCCUCUCUCCCGCUCCUAGCCCCGCUAUUCCACAAUUCUCGAUGCUAUUCUCCGAUACGCUGAGCUCCUACCGGCUCGUGUCCCCCUCCGCCUCCUCGAAUGCCAGUAUCUCGCCUAACACGUCGCCGCGCACAUCCCCAGUGAUCUCACCGGCGAGCACACCGAACACGAGCUCGAUAAACACGCCGUGCAAUGGCCCCCCGGUCCUCCCGUCACGCAGUCUGGAGGAUGAGUUCGCGUGCCAGCUCGCGACGCUCGCGAGGGAUGGCAAGCGCGUCAAGUUCGCCGAUCCAAAGGACGCGCCUUGUGACGCGCCCGCGACGCGUCUACGCCCUCGCCGUGCAACCGGCGCUUCUACAACAGCAGCCACCCAGGCAAGAAAGCAUAGGAGGAGCGAGGAGGACGAAGAGAAGUGGGCUGCUGCCGGGCUGGUCCCCGCGAAGAAGGCGCGGCUGGCGAAGGCUUCCGAGGUGAUACCCUGUGCAGCGCUCUGACUAGUAUGCCAAGUUCUGAUGUGAACCUUGCGUAGGAGCCUGUCGACGAGAAGCCAACUACACCAAGGAAGCCUUCGGCCUCGCGGCAGGCGUCGAGAGAUCAUAGAAUACCGUGCCCGUACCUAGGGUGCGUGGGGGUAUACACGGAGGGGUAUGAGCUAGAGCGACACAUUCCCACGCAUUUACCAGACAUGAAGUGAG